CUUCUUCUCACCACAGUGACAUAAGUUAUUAAAGCCAGCACCUUUAUUAGGUGGUGGGCAGAAGAUUCCCAGGGUUUAUUAUGUGGCUUUGAGGCAGUUCCUGAACAGACACUCGGUGGUAUAAAAACUGAACCUCCAAACAAAAGGAGAGGGAACCAACGAGGACCAGAGCUCAGAGGAUGGAUGUAGAUGGAGGAGCAUAGAGAGAGAUCCAGAGCUUGAUUAUCGGUUGCAAAAGGUCAACUUGCUGUGUCGGAUCCAGUUGGGAACAUUUAUAAUUUCCAGAAAGAUGGAAAACAGCCCAAUCAGAAAAAUGGAGCGCAGGCUGGAGUUACUGAUGCUUCUUGUUUUUCUGACAACAGCUUCAACUGUCGCCCAGAGCAGCGAGGAAUUUACAGAGGCUGUGGCGUAUUUAAGGCAGUAUGGCUACCUCCACAUCCCACUGGACAGUAAAGUCCAAAACCAUAAACCAGAGGAGAUAGCUGAAGGCCUCAGAAUUUUUCAGAAAGCAACAAACCUGCAGGUAUCAGGAAAACUAGAUUCAGCCACUCUGGCGAUGAUGAACAGACCUCGCUGUGGCGUCGAAGACCCUUUUAAUGACAAAUCCCUCAAAUACCGAGUCAUGGGUUACUGGCGCAAGAAGAUGCUGACCUACCGCAUCUAUAACUACACCCCUGACUUGGGUCUGGGAAAGACCCGAUCCGCCAUUCAGAGUGCGUUUAAGUACUGGAGCGACGUGUCACCUCUGAGGUUCACGGAGCUUCAGCAAGGCAGAGCCGACAUCAAGAUCUCCUUCCACAGAAAAGACAGGACGUGUCCAGUGCCGUUUGAUGGGCGAGGUCAUGUUUUAGCCCACGCUGAUGCUCCUGAGUCAGGCAUUGUGCACUUCGACAUGGAUGAAAAGUGGACAGAAGGGCAAUCCUCCGGCUCCAACCUGAGGAUUGUCGCGGCCCAUGAGAUCGGCCAUGCACUUGGCCUUGGCCACUCACAGUACUACAGUGCGCUGAUGGGGCCUGUGUACAACGGAUACCGCUCUGACUUCAAGCUGCAUGCAGAUGACAUACGAGGGAUCCAGGCUUUAUACGGAAAGCCAGCGACUCCUCCAUCCAGAAACCCAGGGCCGUUAAUACCAGGAGGGGCUGUCCCAGAUCCUUGUGAGGCCACUCUGGAUGCAGUGAUGUUGGGUCCUUUGCGUAAGACGUAUGUGUUCAGCGGUCAGUAUGUGUGGACGGUGUCCAGUAAUGGCUACAACACACCCGUCCUGAUCUCAGUACUGUGGAGGGAGCUGCCAGGGAGCCUCAGUGCAGCUGUUCACUCUCAGCGGACUGGAAAGUCCUAUUUUCUGAAAGACGACAAAGUAUGGAGGUACACCAGCUUCAAACUUGACCACGGCUUCCCCAGGCGCCUGAACAACAUCCCUGCUAACAUUGAUUCAGCCUUGUACUUCAGCAAGAACAAAAAGCUUAUCUUUUUCAAAGGCUCUGGAUACUGGCAGUGGGAUGAGAUUGGCCCGACAGACUUCAGUUCGUAUCCCAAACCGACUGAAAAACUCAUCGAGGGGUUACCCAGUGGUACUGACGCAGCGCUGACAUGGACAAACGGUCAUAUGUACUUCUUUAAAGGCGCUCAGUACUGGCGUGUAAACCAGCAGCACCAAGCAGUGGAGAAGGCCUAUCCUCUGAGCACGGCCCAACACUGGAUGCACUGUGACGACUGAGCCAGCAGAGGCCACCAGGGACUCAACACAAACCCGAUCCUGCAGCGAAUCAGUACAGCACCAGUGAGAGAUGCUUAUUUAUUUGGAUCCAAACUAAAGAAUCAUGUACAAAUCUCAUAUGUGAGUUAUGAAGCAGUAUUAUUUUGUGGAAUCAGCUGAAUAAAUAUUUGCAUGAUGUGACAAUUAUUACUUAAAAAGUAGCUUUUAACACACGAGCGCUGUGAUAAGACAAACAUUGUGGUGUGUGAUUCUGUAAGAUCGGAUGUUGUUAUUCACGUCACAACCUCAUGAACUGUAUUCCGACAACAGGGUUUUUUGUUUUUCUCUGCAGACUUUCUGACUCUCAAAAGAAAGUAUUCACACCGUUGCUUUUCCUUCUGUGACAUGUCAAAAUGUAGUCCUUAAAAACAGCCUGUUUUACACCUGUGAUGUGCUUUCACUCUCCUUCUGUGAAAUUAGUCCUCCUCUCCUGUUCAGACUGUGCUUGAUUGCCUCAUUCCUCUGUUGGUUUUGUUGAACCUGCUCGAACAAUCCCAUCUUUUCAUUAUUACUGGAAUGUAUUCUUGAAGGGUUUUGCAGCUGUCGGGUCUUAAGGGUGCAGUAUAUAAGAACUGGCAGUGUAUCACCAUAGUUAGCGCUCACGGCUGCUAAUUGUAGCAGUUGUCAUUAGCUAGUUAGCUCAGUUAGCUGUGCAGCUAACGCUCCAGACUGGGAGCUCAGAAUGAUAUUGUGACUGGACAGGCCAGGGCUAGCUGGUUAGCAUGCUAACUUUAGUAGAUAUCGCUAACAUACUACAUAAUCUUUGACAUAAUGUCAUUUUCUGUUAAUGUAAAUUCUUGAAUGUUUUACAUGAAUAUCUUUACAUAUUGUACCCUUGAAUGAAAAC